AUGGCUAAGCAUCAUCCCGAUCUCGUGUUUUGUCGCAAGCAAACCGGUGUUUCCAUCGGACGUCUCUGUGAAAAAGAUGACGGAAAGUGUGUGAUAUGCGAUUCCUAUGUUCGCCCCUGCACGCUCGUCAGAAUAUGCGACGAAUGUAAUUUUGGUUCUUAUCAAGGUCGUUGUGUCAUUUGCGGCGGUCCUGGAGUUUCUGAUGCCUACUACUGCAGGCAGUGCACUAUCAUGGAAAAAGAUCGAGAUGGUUGUCCGAAAAUUGUCAAUCUCGGCAGUGCUAAAACGGACUUGUUCUAUGAACGGAAAAAAUACGGGUUCAAGAAGUAA